AAUAUAGUUCCAAUGUCGGGUAUUCAAUAUUCACUGGCAAUUUCCUACCGUCUCGUUUGAAACUAAGUAUUCUGAAUUGUAGCUCGCUGAAUGAAAUUUAUGCUGUGCACAGUUGAAUUGAGUUAAAACACUAACUCAUGUCUCGAUCUGAGGAUAAGAAAUGCUACUACUCUAGAUGGAGUGAACCCUUACUCCGCAGGCGUUAUUCUAUGUCCUUGGUUCCCACCUCUGGGGAAGAAACGUCUUCCAUCAGACAAUCCAGAUCAUCCUCUCCGUUCCUCACCUCUUCUCAUCCACCUACCCAUCCGUUUGACCUACCAUUUGGGUGCUGCUCCUGCCAUAGUUACUGUUUCAAGAGAAUACCCAAAAGUCGUUCAGCUGAUAGCUCGAAGACAAAAACAAAACAUUAUAGACGUGGAACCUUAAAUGUAACUCAAGUAUCUGGCCAGGAUAAACGUUUUUCACGUUUAUGAGUUUGAAUUUAAAUUGGCAGAAAUUGAGUGGCACCCGUUGCGGAUCUCAGCAAUUGCGAGAAAAUUUGGAGAUACAGUUGGUUGGCAGCCACGUGCAAGAGACUUUGGCUAGCGAUAAUCAAGCAGCCUUGAUUCGGCAACUAGAAUCGGCUACUGACGUCCUCGAGGCUCUUAUUCAGCACACCCAGUCCCUGCAAGUAACUCAACUCUCUGCACAGAGAGUCGUCCAGCUCGCUCAUCAACUGAUCCUGCCUUAUCGUCCUUCAUCAACGAGUUAUAGUAGUUCUCCAUCUGCAGAAUUGACCACUUGCCUUUGCCAGGUUGAAUCUUUGACGGAGAAUAGAUUGCAUCAAUUGAAAGAUAUAAUUCACAAUUGUUUGGAGAAUAUAACUCUGUCAAAACAAUUGCAGACGGUGAUAGAUAAUCACAGAAUGAAGAAGGAAGAUUUCAAAGUUGCUGCUGAUAAUUUUAAGAACUUGUUGGAGAAUUCGAAACUUACGGUAUCUCAAAUGGAUAAGUUGCAGUGGCAAUAUGAAUCGAUAACGGAUGAUUACAGACAAAAUAGACGAAUAUUAGAAUCGGAAUUGCCCAAAAUUCUAAAAAUGCGCCUGAAAGCAAUUCAACAAAAUUUCUGCACGAUUGCUACUUUUUACGAAGAUUCCGAGUAUUCAAAAAUAAUUGGAAAUUUGCUGAAAAUUUUAGGGGAAAAAUUACAUCAGAAGGACCCCGCAGCCUCGGAUCAUCGUAAUCCAUACGAAAAACCACAAACUCAAGAAAUUUGUCAAAAGUGCCAAGUGAACAGGGUAGAGAAAAAAUAACUGUAUAUGCUUUGUCAAUUCCAUUAGGAAUUCAAGAGGAAGAAAUUACAGACAGCACGAAGCCUUACAUAUUUAGUCCCAAAUCCUCUUAAAACUGUGCCAAGGGCUUUGUCAGACCUGAGGUAUGAUAAUGUGUUGAGAAUUUUAUUUGACUAAUUGUAGGGAAUAUUGACGCAAUAAAUGUGAAUAUAUGAAGUA